UCGCGGCCACGAGAAGUCAUCGUUGUUAGCUGUGAUCAUUUAUUUAACAUUUUAUGUGUUAAGAACAAUAUUAGUACUUAUAUACAUAAAAAAAUGUCACUGAAGCUUUUUAUUCUUAUUGUAACAAUAAAUGUAAAUUUAUAUUUAACAUAUUCUGCAGAAUUGAAAUGUGAUCGUCAAAAUGAACAUUAUGAGUGCGGCAGUGCUUGCCAAACUACGUGUGAUAACUUAGGAACUGUAUGUCCAAUUGUGAACAUUAGAUGCAACGACGCCUGUUACUGUAAUGAGGGGUUCGCACGCGAUGAACACGGGAUGUGUAUUCCUGAAGCAGAAUGUCCGAAAAACUCACGAAACUCACGAAAACGUCGCUCAAAUAAUGAACCUGCAGCCAUCUGUUCCGGAGAAUACGAAGUGUACACGGACUGCUAUAAGGACUGUCCACCAAACACGUGCCUGUCUCUCGUGGCGAAGUUCAAAUGUGAUUCUUCAGAGCCCUGCAAGAAGGGAUGUGUCUGCAAGCCUGGCUACCUGAGACAGAAAGUUGGUACACCUUGUAUACCGAUACGGGAGUGUAAGGAGAUGAAACAUGCUCCACCGUCAUAGUUUCAAAGUUCAACCAAAUGUUAGUUAGACAAGUUCGCUUAGGGACUGCAGCCUUAUUAUUUAAUAGAAUUUCAACUUUGUGUUUUUGUAAUAGAACUAAAAAUGCAUUGAAAUGU